AUGAUAAAUGAACGUUACAACAGGAGUUUAUUUACACAUAAUGAAAAGAGUAAUCAACGUAUGAGUAACAUUUUUAACAAAACAAAUAUGUCCACUUUGAGAAAAUGUCACAUGAGGGAGAAAGUGAAUAGGUUUCCUUUUUUGUUCAAAGCACUUACUUGCGCUGUUUUGAUAUGGGUGUCGCAAUCGCCUGGAGGCCCCUGCGAGAAUGGCUCGCAUGAAUCGUGGAACCCCCAGAAUGGACAAUUAUACAACCAAGGACAUGUGGCCUUAACAAGAUCAUUAGCAGAAAAUGAGAGAAUAAAUGAAUCCGAUUUUGCAGCAACCAGAAAUGGCGUCUUAGAGAAUGAACUCAGUGAUAACUACUCAUAUGAAACUUCCACGGGAAUUUCCGAAAGUGAUGAUAUAAAAAUUAAUAAAAUUAGUAUGGACCAAUUACAGAACGACGAAGACUUAAGUGAAUAUCUUUUAGAGCAUCUGCAGAAGCGACUGCAAGGUGGGGACGAAGGUAGUAAUGUAGAGGAAGCAAGUGGUGACAAAGGUGAUGAAAGCGUCGAAGCACAAGGAACUAGCGAUGUGGUUAGCAAAAUAGAAAACCACGAACCAGUGAAUAACAACAUUUUCGAUAACGAUGCAGGCAGGGAAGAAGAGGAAGAUGAGAUGGAGAAAUCAAAUGCCACUUCAUUAGAUAAUGCACUGGACAAUGUGGAAGAAACAGACACACCAACCACGUCCAUAUUCAAUAAUGUGAAGGAGGAUGUAGAAGAGGUUGAGCAGGCGGAUGCUUCCAUAAUAGACGAUGGAGCAGAAAGAGCAGAAGUCGAGGAAUCCGCUCCUUCCUUAUUCGAUAAUCUAGAAGAAACGAUGGAACCAGUUAGCAGUAUAGCUGAUAAUGUUUCAGAAGGCGUAGAAGAAGUAGAAGAACCAGCCACUCCUACAGUAGAUAGUGUAGCACCUACAAGCGAGGAGAAGCCACAGGAACCAGCGACCAUUUUGUUCGAUAGUGUGCAGGAUAAUGAGCAAGAAACUGAGGAACCAGCUGCUCCCAUAUUCGAUAGUGUAGAAGAAAAUGUGGAAAAGGUUGAAGAAUCAGCUGCCUCAACCCUCGAUAGUGGUGCAAAUAACACAGAAGAAGUAACGGCGCCAGACACAUCCAUGUUCGAUAAUGUGCUGGAGCUUGUAGAAGAGGAAGAGUCAUGUGCCCCCAUUUUCGAUAGCCUGCAAGCGCAUGUAGAAGAGGUUGAGGAACCAGUUAGUUCCAUGUUCGACAGCCUACAAGAAAAUGUAGAAGAAUUAGGUGAUCCUGUAACCUUUACAUUCGAUAAGGCAGAAAAGGGUGAAGAAGAAGUAGAGGAGCCUGUCAAUUUCACAUUCGAUAACGUAGAAGAGAGUGUAGAAGAAGAAAAAAUUGAGGAACUCGUUAGCAGCAUAUUCGAUGAUGUACAGGUUGAAGAAUCAGGUGUUCCGUUAAUCGAUAACGUGGAAAACAAUGUUGUCGAACCAGUAGAGGAGGUUGUAGAAGAAGCUGUGCAAGAAACUGCCGACGAGAUCCUAGAGGAGAAGGUGAAAGGAGAUGAACCUUCCGAUGUAGUCGUAGAGGAGCCCUCCAAGGUGGAAGCAGAUGAAUAUGUUCAGGAGGCUAUAGGAUCUGUACAAGAAGCUGCAGAUGAAGUCCUGGAGGAUGAAGAAGUGCGGGAUUCACCCAAAAUAAUUGCAGGGGAAUCAGAUGAGGUACUCAUAGAACAGCCAGCCAAGGUAGCUACGGAUGAAUAUAUCCAGGAAGCCGUUGAAGUCAUACAGGAGGCUUCUGAUGAAGUGAUAGAAGAUGAAGACAAAAUAGAGAAGCCUUUAGAGACAAAUACAGAGCUUGAGGAAAUAGUUCCAGAGGAAUAUGUUCAGGAGGCUGUAGAAUCUGUACAGGAAGCUGCAGAUGAGGUGAUGGAGGAGGAAAAAAUAGAGGAGCCGCACGGGAUAGUCGAAGAAGAAGCAGUAGGACAAGCUAGACAAGAGUUUCUGCAGGAAACUGCAGAGGAAGUACUAAUAGGGAAGGAAGAGGCAAAUGAAAAUAUAUUAAACAUAUUAGAACAAAUAAAGGAGAGCAUAGUAGACAAAUUGGAAGUAAAUGAAGAAACAGCCGAAGCCCUAUUAGAAGGCGCAAAAGAAGCAGCUGAAGAGGUUUCUGAAGAAGCUGUAGAUACUACCACUAAAGCUGGUGUAGUUGAAACUGCUGAGGGAGAAACUGCAGAUGCUACUGCAGAAGUUAGUGAAGAAGAUGCUCUGGAAUUACGUACGGAAGCACCUGAGGAAACAACCGCGAGUGUGGCACACAGAACUUUCGAAGAAGAUAUAUUGAAAAAUUUAGAAGAAAAUAAAGAAGCAAGUGAAAAUCCAUUAGAGGAUAUAAAAGAAAUGAAGGAAGAAUUUUUAGACUAUGUAGAACAAAGAGUGGAAGAUAACGAGAACGUGCUAGUGGAUAUGGUACAACGCUUGGAAAGAAGCGCACACGUGAAUGAGAGCGUAUUAGAAGAUUUGGAAGAAAUAAAAGAAGAUCUGUUGACUAAUAUCCAAAUGGCCGAGGAGAUUACGGAAGAAGUGUCGAACGCUUCGGCAGAAAGUGCAGAAGAAGUACCCGCAGAAGAAGACAUUUUUGAUGUUAUCGAAGAAAUAAAAGAGAAAGUACUAGAAAAUCUGGAAGAAACGACAGACGGAAGUGUUACCGAAAGUGUAACCGAAAGUGUAGCCGAGGGCGGGGAUGAAAACACUUUGGAGGUUCUAAAGGAAGUCCAGGAAAGCUUGUUAGAAAACUUUGGGUCGAAAAUAGAAGCCAACGAAAAUAUAUUGGCAAGUGUAUUGGAGAAUAUGCAAGAAAAAGUAGAGUUAAAUGAAAAUGUGUUAGUAGAGGUCCUGGCGGAAUUAAAGGAGGAAUCUAUAGGUCAGCAGGAGACUGCGGAAGAGGUCGCAGCAGAGUUCGUUGAGGAAACCGCAGAAGAGCCUGUAAUAGAGACUAUAGAGGAAAUUAUGGAAGAUGCAGUGGUAGAAUCCGUAGUAGAGGAUAUGGAAGAUGCGGCCGAGGAACCUGUAGUAGAGGAUAUGGAUGAUGCGGUCGAAGAACCUGUAGUAGGGGCUAUGGAAGAUGCGGCCGAGGAACCUGUAGUAGAGGCUAUGGAAGAUGCGGUCGAAGAACCUGUAGUAGGGGCUAUGGAAGAUGCGGUCGAAGAACCUGUAGUAGGGGCUAUGGAAGAUGGGGCCGAAAAACCUGUCCUGUAG